AUGAUGUUUGCCAGCGUCAAGCAGUCUGGAGUUGCGGUGAAUGCGCCGCGACGGCUCGGGGGCGCCUCCCGUUUGGCUCGGGGCAGGGCGAACAGGGCGGCGGUUCGAUGCGAGGCUGGAAAGGACGAGAAGCUUCCCAAGCUGCCGAAGUCGCCCCGUGAGCAGGUGGGACAGGCGGCGGAGGCAGUCAGGAGGGCGGCGGCGGAUGGCAAGAAGCAGCUAGCGAUCGAGUUCACGCUCCCCCUGAUCGGCGCGACGGACCUGGACGACUGGCCGGGAGGCAUCAGGCAGCAGUACCAGGCUGUUGCGCCGAUGGUGGGCGAGCUGCUGAAACAGAUCGGCACGGACGGGAACGCGGCCGAGGUCAGGCAGAAAAUCGUGGACGACGCGGAUGCGGUCGUGGUCCUUUCCACGGCGGGGGCGAAGGCCAUGGUGUUUCCCACGGCGGAGACGCUCGGCGACCUGAAGAGCAUCGCGAAAGAGAACGUUGGCCUGCUCGCCACCAUCAACAACCAGAUCAGGACCAACGAUGACGGCUCCAACCUCAUCUCCGAUCUGGGCAUCGGACCGUGGAGGAAGAAGAACGAGGAGUUUCUGGCGUCGUUCGAGCUGACGUACUGGAUAUCGGAGCAACGCAUCCAGGGAGAGACCGUGCGGCUCCUCAAGUCGUACCCACACCCGUGGCAGCUCUUCGUGCUCACCGAUAUGGCUUCUGGCUCCGCGGAGCCGGAGUGCAUCAAGACCUUCGACGAGAAGCCAUCGUACAAGGAGCUCGAGAGCUUGCUCAUGUCUCGCGAGGGCUCGGUGGCGGCCAUGAGCAUCAUCGAUCGCGUGAAGCGCGAGGCGCAGUUCAACGCGACGUCGGUUCAGACUCCCCCUAACAACAUCGACCAGAAAUGA